GCGCAGCAGCACCCCCCUCCCCGCCCCCAGCACACACCUGUCACGCCUGGCGUGCCCCCUGCCCGCACUAGCGCGGCCCACGCAGCUCUGGACGCAGGCGGCCUAGGUUGAGGAGUCCCCCCACUCCGAGGCGCCAGGGGCCAGGCAGCGGUUACGUGGCUGCGUGGGUGGCCGCGGUCGUGACAGGUGGCUGUGAGCAGGGUCGCAGACAUGCUGCUGCUCAAGAAACAGACGGAGGACAUCAGCAGUGUCUAUGAGAUCCGGGAGAAGCUGGGCUCGGGUGCCUUCUCCGAGGUGAUGCUGGCCCAGGAAAGGGGCUCUGCUCAUCUUGUGGCCCUCAAGUGCAUCCCCAAGAAAGCACUCCGGGGCAAGGAGGCCCUGGUGGAGAAUGAGAUCGCAGUACUGCGCAGGAUCAGCCACCCCAACAUUGUGGCUCUGGAGGACGUUCAUGAGAGCCCUUCCCACCUCUACUUGGCCAUGGAGCUGGUGACAGGUGGUGAGCUGUUUGAUCGCAUCAUGGAGCGGGGCUCCUACACAGAGAAGGAUGCCAGCCACCUUGUAGGGCAGGUCCUUGGUGCUGUCUCCUACCUUCAUAGCCUGGGCAUUGUGCACCGGGACCUCAAGCCUGAGAACCUCCUCUAUGCCACACCCUUUGAGGACUCCAAGAUCAUGGUCUCUGACUUUGGCCUGUCCAAAAUACAAGCUGGCAACAUGCUAGGCACAGCCUGUGGGACCCCAGGAUAUGUGGCCCCAGAGCUCCUGGAGCAGAAACCCUACGGGAAGGCUGUAGAUGUGUGGGCCCUGGGUGUCAUCUCCUACAUCCUGCUGUGUGGGUACCCCCCGUUCUACGACGAGAGCGACCCUGAACUCUUCAGCCAGAUUCUGAGGGCCAGCUACGAGUUUGACUCUCCCUUUUGGGAUGACAUCUCAGAAUCAGCCAAAGACUUCAUUCGGCACCUUCUGGAGCGUGAUCCCCAGAAGAGGUUCACCUGCCAACAGGCCUUACAGCAUCUUUGGAUCUCUGGGGAUGCGGCUUUAGAUAGGGACAUCCUGGGCUCUGUCAGUGAGCAGAUCCAGAAGAAUUUUGCCAGGACUCACUGGAAGCGUGCAUUCAAUGCCACAUCUUUCUUGCGUCACAUCCGUAAGCUGGGGCAGAGCCCAGAGGGUGAGGAGACCUCCAGACAGGGUAUGACCCGGCACAGCCACCCAGGCCUUGGGACUAGCCAGUCCCCCAAAUGGUAACAACCAGGUGGAUGCCAAAGAAGGCCAAGUUGACUGACUCCCAGAUUUCCUUCCCUCUGGCCCUUUCGGUCUCCUUCCUGCCUCUUGUCUGCUGGGCUGGCCUCUGUUGGAAAGUCUGAGACUGUGGGUGUGGUGCAUGGCACUGGGGUAGGGGCUUCCCCAGUAUGUCCCCUCCCCAUGGUGCUGCCACCCUCUAUAGAAACCGAGGAGGUGUUCACAAGUGGAUUUGGGGGCCAUCCUUCCUGCAUCUUGCACGCACACAUGCAUUGCAUGGCUGUCCUGUGCUUUGCUGACUGUGGGUGGUCCUGCUCGUGUUGUAUGUGGCCCUUCAGUUCCUCUUCCUUUCAACCAAUAAAGAAAAAC